CCUUCGGCAUUCAGUGACUGACGGCGCCAUAUUGAAGAUCACAAUUCCUUUCUUAUUACACGUGAAACCACCAAUCUACCAAAAUGCUGUAUUUAGAGGACUACCUCGAAAUGAUCGAGCAGCUACCCAUGGAUCUCCGCGACAGGUUUACGGAAAUGAGAGAGAUGGACCUCCAAGUGCAGAACGCUAUGGACCAGUUGGAGCAACGUGUGAAUGAGUUCUUCAUCAACGCCAAAAAGAAUAAGCCUGAGUGGAGGGAGGAACAGAUGGAAGUCAUUAAAAAGGACUAUUACAAGGCGCUAGAGGAUGCAGAUGAGAAAGUCCAGCUGGCCAAUCAGAUAUACGAUCUGGUGGAUCGUCACCUACGCAAGCUGGACCAAGAGCUGGCCAAGUUCAAGAUGGAGCUGGAGGCCGACAACGCCGGAAUCACAGAGAUCCUGGAACGACGAUCGCUGGAGAUGGACAGUCCCUCUCAGCCUGUCAAUAACCACCACGUCCAUUCACACGCCACCGUGGAGAAGCGCAAGUACACAACGCCGGCUCACCAUACAACGGAACACGUGCCAGAAAAGAAGUUCAAGUCCGAGGCCCUUCUGUCCACACUUACGUCAGAUGCCUCCAAGGAAAACACUCCAGGUUGUCGUGGCAACAGUGUGUCGGCGGCGGCGGCGGUGGCGGCGGCCAACAGUGUGUACAGCGUGAACUCGUCUCAGCCGCUGAGCUCCUACAACCUCACCGCCCUCCCAGCAGGCCCUGGGGCAGGAGCCGGCGCCAUCACCAUGGCAGCCGCGCAGGCCGUCCAGGCCACCGCUCAGAUGAAGGAGGGUCGGCGAACGUCCAGUCUGAAGGCGAGCUACGAGGCCAUCAAGAACAACGACUUCCAGCUGGGGCGGGACUUCACCGUCGGCCGCGGCGACGCCUACUCAAGCUCCGCCCUCGCGUCCACCCUCACACAGAACCUCACGCCCAGCAACAGCUCCGAGUCACGCGGCAGCGGCCGCAAGACCAAAGGCAACAACAAGUCUUCCAACCACCAGUCGUCUUCGUCCUCCUCCUCUUCCUCCCUGUCGUCGUGCUCUUCCUCCUCUGCCCUGGCCCAUGAGCUGGUCCAGCAGGCCUCCGCGCUACCUGAGGCCGACGCCAACAGCCAGGUCGACUGGACCUAUGACCCCAACGAACCUCGAUACUGCAUCUGCAACCAGGUGUCCUAUGGUGAAAUGGUGGGAUGCGAUAACCCAGAUUGUCCUAUCGAGUGGUUCCAUUACGGCUGUGUGGGGUUGACGGAAGCCCCCAAGGGCAAGUGGUACUGCCCCCAGUGUAACGCUGCACUGAAGAGGAGAGGCAGCAGGCACAAAUAAUCCCCUCUCAUAAUGCCCCCAAGUGGACCCAAAGUACCCCUCUCCUCUCCUGAUGCCCCCAGGAGGACCCCAAGUACCCCCUCUCCUCCCCUAAUGCCCCCCACCACCCCCAACCCAUCCCAACAGAACUGUCCAUCUCAGCCUUGCAUAGGCUAUUCCUGCUACGUCCCCACCGUGUGUGUGUGUGUGUGUGUGUGUGUGUGUGUGUGUGUGUGUGUGUGUGUAAAGAAUGAGUAAGACACAUAUCACUGUACCUGCAAUGUGAUUUUCCCAUGUGUAUUAGACACGACAUAUCCAUACCUCUGCCAUGUCCUUUGCGCGUGUGUGUGUGUGUGUGUGUGUGUGUGUGUGAAACAGGUGGGUGGGGACGGUGUGGUCACACACUCAGACAUUCCUCAAGCUGCCAUGUGCGAUGGGGGGGGUCGCGAGCCCUGACCCCUGAGCAUGUCGCAGUGUGAAACGCCUCCUCUAAUCCAAGUUCACAGAGAAAAGCAGCGCCCGCUAAACACCACCCUAACAACCUCUGUCCCAUCUCUCACACACACACACACACACACACACACAGUGAGAGUGAGAUACAGCUCUCUUUAUUAGAGAAAAGGCCUGAACCCCUACACACCACACACCCCUAUACACUUGUGUAUACACACACACACACACACACACACACACACACAUUCACACCCAGUCCUCUGCUCAGAGGGUAAAGUCCAGGACGGAUAUAUGCCCAUCACUACCCAUACCAGAGCGCAGCUAACUCGCCCUGAUCCGGACCAUAGUCGCACCGGAUCCGGCCCUUAUCUGGCCCACAGUCACACCGGUUCUGGCCCUUAACUGGCCCACAGUCGCACCGGAUCCGGCCCUUAACUGGCCCACAGUCGCACCGGUUCCGGCCCAUAACUGGCCCACUGUCAUACCGGAGUUGGGCCAGUCCUUUUCUGGAGUUGGAUCUUAUCUGGAGGGGGAGUUUGAAGUACAUGGGUUAGUUAACUCUCUGGGUUAGUUAACUCAUUUGGUUAGUGAACUCUCUGGGUAAGUUAAAUCAUUUGAUUAGUGAAAACUCUGGGUUAGUUUAACCCAGGGUUAGUUAAAUCGGAGGAAGUGGUAAACCUCCUAGUAGAAGAGCCCUGUAUCUUAAUUGUCCUGGCAGGGCAAAGACAGGGGUCUCGUUUUAUAGGAGGACUACUACUACUACUACUACUACUACUGCUUGCUGUGAGUUAUCUUACCCAGGCGUGCCACCCACUCAUGUACUCAAAAUACCUCCCUCUGGUCACAAAUCGAUGUUUGGAAACUUCAGAAUGCCAGUUGAUGAAGACGAUAAUGAUUAUGUGGAGAUGAGAAAAAAUGGUAAAUGUUCAUUGCUGAUUGAAAGAUAUUUUUUUUUUGUUUUUUUUUAAGAUGGUUGUGCUAGUUACUGGUUAAAGUGGUGUGUCUGUCAGAUUUUGUUUUGACCAAUGCUUCAUCUUCAAGGUGUGAGCCCUGUAAAAUAAACAAACAAAAAAAUUGUAUAGAACAAAGUGAUUAUUGAGGUAUGUGCGUUUAUAUGUAAGCGCGUGUGAAUGUGUGUAAGCACGUCGAAGCGGACGUGCUGACGUAAGUGUCCGUAUGUAUGUAUUUACUAGGCCGUUCUGCACUGAAAUUGUAAUUGUUUCCAGAGAUGUGGAAAGAAAAAAAAACACAAUAAAACUUUUUUUUUUGGUA